AACCCCAGUAUUGUACGACAUAUUUUGCCGCAAGACCGGGCAGUAAUGAACCCGUUUCCACCCCACGUCGUCUCGAUGGUUAUAGUCUGACAAUAAACCUUUUCAUCAGCAUCAUGAAUUUGCAGCUGAUUCAACUCAUUAAAGAAAUGGUUUCGCCAAAAGCGACUUAGCUAUUAUGUUACUAUGUAAGAAACAUAAAGCGCAGCCGGCGACCAAUAAAAACCCGCCGAGCAACUGUUAAUGUCCGCGUGUGUCUUGUAUCCGCCGAGUAUGGGAUGAUUCUAGCAAACCUCCUCUGUCCUGGGCUAUGAAAUAGAUUCGGAGAAGAUGCAUCCAUUUAAUAUAGAGCGUUCUCGUGGGGAGAGCUUGUUGGGUUGUGUGAAUGCCUUCACAACAUUCAUUCGUGCCUCUACGCGGGUGGAGAAAGCAUAACCAUGUCAACCUUAACUGAAUCAUCACGACCGCCGCUUCGAGUCGCCAUCGUUGGAGCGGGUCCUGGUGGGCUUGUACUUGCGCAGACUCUUCGCCAGGACAAAAGAUUCGUGGUAACAGUCUAUGAACGUGGGGCCCCUGAGGGUAACGGUAGCUCCUUGGUGGGGUUUCGCAUCCUCGUAACUCCCGCCGUUCUCGAUUCUCUUCGGGAGCAGCUUCCAUCCAAAGUUCGAAAUCUGGUCGACCGGGCCGUUGGAAUUCCCAAGAGUCAAGGAAAUAGAGUAUGCCUUAUGGACGAGACGUGCGCGGUGAAAUGCCGCGUUGACCUGGAUGAGUCACGGUCCCUCUGCUCGAUUUCGAGAUGGAAGCUCCGCAAUGCCUUGCUGCAUGGCUGUGAUGACUUUGUAAAGUUUCACAAAGAGUUCAAAUCCUAUGAAGAGAGCGAGGAUGGCGUCAAUGUUCACUUUGCGAAUAGCGAGUCGAUUCAGUGCGAUUUGCUCAUCGGUGCAGACGGCGCCGGCUCUCGUGUACGAAAGCAGCUUCUUCCCAAUAGCAGCAGAAGCGACAGUGGCGUGACAGUCAUUUAUUUCAAGGCGCCUUUUACUCCAGAGACUGAAGCCAUGAUUCCAUGGGCAUCUGGAUGCUUGGCCAUGACUCCGAGAAAAUCCAUGGUUGUCGCAUAUUACAAGAAUCCGGCAAAACCUUACGGCACAUAUGAUUUGGAGAACAUUGACCCAGAAGACUCGUUCCUCAUGCUUGGCAUGGGAUGCUACACAAACGAGUUUUUCAAUCAAAGCAAACAUCCCGACGCCAUGACGCCUGAAGAGUUGAAAGAUGAGUGUCUUGCGCGAGCACAGCAUUGGCACCCCCUUCUUCGAUCCUUGAUUGCUAUUAGCGUGCCCAAGUCUGUCUACGUCUCUCACAUUAAAACACAAGAUCCAAUUGAUCCAUGGGAGACUGGAAAAGUGACGAUAAUGGGAGACGCUGCUCAUAGCAUGACUCCAUAUCUUGGAAAGGGUGCCACGAGUGCCAUUGCCGAUGCAUUAGCCCUUGCAGAAGCACUCAAAUCAAAUGAGAAAGAACAGGAGUCUCUCACGGAACGACUAGCCGCGUAUGAAAAGUCAAUGUUAGAACGUGGGUUUGAAAACGCGAAAAAGAGCAUGUUCGUUCAUCAACUCGUAUUUGCUGCGGGUAAUACACCUUGGAGGGCUUGGCUACGAAAUUGGGCAUUAUACGUUUUGGACAUGUUUAUUCGGCACCCUGUGGCUUCCGUGGAACCCUUUCCUGUGAGUUACAGCGAUGAGAUUGAAAAAGCGAAAUCGAAAGGCUGAGGUUGGAUGGGUAGAUAGAACAAGUUCUAUAUAAUUUAUCUGGUUUUAUCCACUGCUGCUGUAUUGAAAGUAAGGGUCUAAUCUUGCUGUAUUAAUAUGGGAGAGUCGGAGAGUUUAUAUUGGCCUUGUGUAAAUUUUCUUGCUUUGGCGCAAGUAAUGUUCUAGUGUUUUUGGGUACUGGGGUAAUCUAUUACGAUUCAUAUCUCUCUUGCUGUGCGGGCAAUGUUGCUAGAAGUAAGAUAGACAUAGCUUUGGAAGGGGGUAUUCCACAUCCAGUAUAUCUGUGUGGAACUUAUAAUUGACAAUUUGACGUUUUCAUGGUCUUUUCCAUCUCCAAAAUCGGGCGCGUUAUUUAGAUAGCAGCAAGAUAAUAAAAAAAAAAAAUACAUACAUUGUAGAUAUAUCAGU